GAUGCAGCAGAGAACACCGUAGCUAUUGCAGCUGGGUAAGCUUAAUCUCUGGUGCAGCUAGUUCAUCGAUUCUCCUUCAAGUUGGGAAGAACUCGCCUUCUCCGAUACAAAUAGUGGAGUACUCGGGACCAUCACUUAGCUACUAUAUCAACAAGCUUAAGCCCAUGAAAGUAGUCCAAACUUCAGUAACCGAGACACCAACUGCACCAGAAGUUUAUGGUUUACAAGCUUUAGUUGCAGCACCAGAAAUAGAGGCAUUGAAUGCACCAAAAAUUGAAGCAAUAAAUGCAACAGAAGUUGAAUUCUCUAAGCCAGAAGCUCCAGCUCCCCAAGUUGAGUUGCUGGUUAGUGUAGGAGGAGACGAUGGUAUUUUGCGUGAGGUAUCUUAUCAUUAUUUUGUCGAACAUGUUGAUAUAUGUAAGAUUGACAAGAUGGCAAUCGAGGUCCAUCCCAAGAGUUGUGUGUAAAGUCUUUCUUUGAAACUAUAGCAAAGGCUCUUCGUCCAGGUUGCAGGCUGAGGGCAUAUGGAUUUACAUGCACAUAAUUAGAGAAUUGUUGCUCAUUUCUUUCAUAUCUUCAAUGGCUCAGUUAACUAUGCAUGGACUACUGCUCCGACUUAUCCAAGGAAAAUACCGUUGAUUGAAUUUGAUGAAUAGAGGACAAAAGUAAACUCGAUCUAUUGUAGUGAACGAUAAAUAGUUUUUGUACUAUAUAUUAUCAUAAAUGUUGUUUGAAUACAUUUGAUUUUGUGGAAUGUAUGUAUUGCUAGUAGAGAUCUUUAAGCAAUUGCUUUCUAUAUGGAUGGGACAUGUUCUCGAAGUU